AACACAUUGCUGGCAGUACAAGUUUUUUCUAUUUCUUUUUCAUAUGGGGUAUCAUAUUCCAUGACCAUUUAUAGCAUUUCUGUCUAGCCUUUGGAGGGCAGACAGGAAGGCCACUCGAAGGCAGAGCUUUCAUGAUGAACUGCACCUACCCACAGGGCUAUGAGAUAAACACCAAAUACUUCAGCAAGGUCGUCGAUUCCACAGAAAAAGAACGCAUUCGCACAAGCGAGCAUGACACUGUGGUCAGUGUCGAAGGACUGUCUUUGUACGACGAUACCAGUGGGCAACAGGUCAGAGUGACGUUUCAUGAGGUCAAAACAGGGGAUUCUGGGAAUUAUGUGAUAGGCAUACAUAUUCCAUUACAUCCUGAUCCCACCUGUAGGUUUCAACUGGAGGUACAGACAGGUGAUGGUAAACUGCAGAAUGACAUAAAUUCUACUCAUCAGACACCAGGCAAAUCAAGGAAAGGAGGCCUUGUUGGUCUGACGAGCAUCCAGCAGCCUCUAGAGCUGACAGUUGGAGUGAACCUCACCACCCUGGCCAACAACCAGUCAGUAGGAACUGAUGGAGUAAACAACAACCAUUCAGAAGGAGUUGAUGGAGCAAACCACCAUUCAGUAGUAGAUGGAGCAAACCACCAGUUUGAGUCCUGGUUCAGCCUCCCUAUCCUGGUGUGUGCCUGUGCUCUGCUCAUAGUGUGUGUGUUCAGCCUGCUGCUCUUCUUCAAACUCCACUGCAACACUGAGCGUGGUGAGCACAACACCGUCCCAAUCUCACUGAGCUAUGAGGUGAGACCACGGAACAGCCAAACGAGUGAUUAUGAGACAAUGAACGCGGUCGUUGGCAAUAACACAAUGCUGUCCCCGGCUGCUGUGGAGAGUGCGGUGCCUUCAGAGAAGAGACCCUCCAUCCCGAUCUACGCCGAGGUCCAGCGUCGAAGCCAUGUCUACCAAAACCUCCGCGCCGAUACGCUCCAGGAAGCCAUCUACCACAGCCUAGAUGUCCCAGCCAAUAAGCAUGAGCCCAGUGUCCUCCAGGAGCCAAUCAGAAUUUAAAUGUCAGACAGGCUGCAUUUUUCAAAAUUACAGCCAAUCAUAGUUCUUGAGGUAAUAUCAAGAGCCCAGUAACUGAUUAGUGCUAAAUAUGACUAUUUCUAAUAGAGCAAAGCCUGAAAGAACUUUGGGGCAAACAUUCACCUGAGGGAAUUCUGCAAUUGUCUGUACAUUCCAGUAACAAAUUAUUGUUCCCAAAGACAUAGAAAAAGUCUGAAGGAAAUAUUUAGAAUAAGUAUGAGUUUAUAUUAUGUAAAUACUUACCUGAAUGGUCCAAAAAUAUUGUUGUGUCAUGUUUCAAAACAAAUAAACAACAACAGCAACAAAAGAUGAAUAUGUUUGUGUAAACUGCCAGCAUUACGUUGUGUGCGUUGCAUAGUGUGUUACACUGUGUGUAACACUGUGUGUUUCCUUAUGUCCAGUGUGAAAAAGACGACCUCUUCUCUUCAGUUGCAACAAACUGUUAAAGCGCUGGAGGUCCAGAAAUCAAAGAAGUCAUGGGGUCUGAUGCACAGUGUAAUGUUAUUCGAAGUUAACAAGUUAACCCCUUGCUUGCUAUGAGGAAAAGAGAAAGUUGGUCCAGGGUUGUUGCCUUGAGUGAGCUGAAGAACUCUGUAUUUCAUGCCUGGACUCUGACUGUGCUUCCUGGAUCUGCCUGUGAAUU